UUUUCUUUCGAGAAUUUAGUUCCUCGCGUGUGUUCUCUUCUCGGAUUUUGCUUCCUCAACUCAAUUUAACGCACUCGUGUAAUAAUUUUUGUAGAUAAUAGAUGCUUUCUUCGUACUCCAUUAAUGGAGAUUGGGAGAUCUCUCGGCCAUGGAGCGAAGCUUUUAUUGAAAUCUCCAAUUUGGGAUUAGGGUUUUCCUCGGAACUAUUUAGGGCUUCGGAAUCCCUACAAGUAUGAGGACGAGCGAUUGCUUGGGUUUCGUUCACCAUGAGACCAAUUCCUUGGAUCAAUUCGAGGGCUUUAGGGUUCCUCCUCGCUCGCCGCCCACGCCUUUGCCCUUCGAGGAGUUUUUGCGGCGGUGGGCACCCCAAAAACGAAGAAGGUUCCAAGACAAGUGGCGAAGAAAGAUCGGAUUUUAGGGUUCAUUAUGAAAACCCUAGUGGGUUUACUUCGAAUGUCGAUGGUAAAAGAGCGGAUUUUGAACGCCUCCCCCCCGAACCGCUUCUUAGGUUUUCUCCCGAUGGAUCGGAAAACAAUGAGGAAACGAUUGAUGGUAGCGGUUUAGAUUCAAAAAAGAGGUAUUUUGAGGGUAUAAGAUCAGAAGCGGAUAAGAUAUUGGAAAUUCUCCAGCAGGAUGGUCCGGGAUUCAACGCCCGGACGGCGCUCGACGAAUUGCAUCUGAGAAUCUCCGCCGUUCUCGUGAGGGAAGUCCUUUUCCGCAUUCUGAUAUCCAUUAAUGGCGCCAACAAGCCGAGAUGCGCGAAACUCGCGUACAAGUUCUUUUCUUGGUCCGGUCAGCAAGAGAACUACAAGCACAACACUAACAUCUACAAUCUCACGCUGAAGAUAUUCGCGGAGUCAGAGGAGUUGAAGGCCAUGUGGCGACUGGUCGAAGAGAUGACCGAGAAUGGGCUUCCUGUCACCGCGCUGACAUUCAAUAUACUUAUUUGCGCGUGCGGAGAGGCGGGCAUGGCUCGGAAAUUGGUCGAGAGAUUUAUAAAGUCGAAGACGUUCAAUUACCGACCAUUCAAGCAUUCCUUCAAUGCGAUUCUCUACUCGCUCCUGACCGUGAAUCAGUAUAGAUUGAUCGAAUGGGUUUACCAGAAAAUGCUUCUCGAGGGGCACUCGCCGGAUGUUUUGACCUAUAAUGUGAUUCUGCGGGCCAAGUACUCGUUGGGUAAAUUGGAUCAAUUUCAUAGGCUUUUGGAUGAGAUGGGUAAGGAUGGGUUUGCUCCUGAUUUACAUACUUACAAUUUAUUGCUUCACGUCCUCGGAAAAGGGGAUAAGCCGCUCGCCGCCCUUAAUCUGCUUAACUAUAUGAACAAUGUUGGUUGCCAUCCGAACGUGCUUCAUUUUACCAACUUGAUCGAUGGGCUCAGUCGUGCUGGGAAUCUCGAUGCAUGCCUAUACUUCUUUGAUGAGAUGGUUAAGAGAGGUUGUGAACCCGAUGUGGUGUGUUAUACGGUUAUGAUAACAGGGUAUGUGGUGGCUGGUGAAUUCGAGAAGGCUCACAAACUGUUUGAUGAAAUGAUCGUUAGAGGGCAUCUGCCAAAUGUGUAUACAUACAAUUCAAUGAUUCGCGGGCUCUGCAUCUCUGGUAAGUUUGAUGAGGCGUGCUCCAUGUUGAAGGAUAUGGACUCCAGGGGCUGCACGCCAAAUUUCUCGGUAUACAGUUCUUUGGUGGUGAGGUUGCGAAAUGCUGGCAAGACUUCUGAGGCAAACCAUGUAAUCAAUUAUAUGGUGGAGAAGGGUCAUUAUCUUCAUCUAGCGUCGAGGUUCAAGGGAUACAGAAGAUGCUAAGUUUCAGUCUCAGAAUGCAAAAGCUGGAGGUGGAAAAACAAAACCACUUGUAAGAUCUGUACUUUAGUCUGAUUCUUUUUAUGUUUAGUAGACCAUGAACCAGAAAAUGUCUCUGGUUGAUUAUUUAUUCAUAAAACUUCUCCAGUUUACUGUUUAAGAAGUUAUUCACAUGACGAUAGGAGCCAGUGUAACUUUUGUGCUAACAUACACAUAAUGGAAAAGUUUGAUGCAUUGAUCA